AUGUCCUCCUCCACAUCCACCCCCCAAACCGCCACCGUCGCCGCCGGCUGUUUCUGGGGCGUCGAACACCUCUUCCGCAAACACUUCGGCAACGGCAAGGGCCUCCUCUCAGCCAAAGUAGGAUAUUGCGGUGGUCACAGCGCCUCGCCUUCCUACCGGGCUGUUUGUACGGGUGAUACUGGCCACGCCGAAGCCCUCCAAAUGACCUACGACCCCAGCAUCGUGAGCUACCGCUCCCUGCUCGAAUUCUUCUACAGAAUGCACGACGCCACGACGCUGAACCGCCAGGGUCCGGACGUGGGCACCCAAUACCGCAGUGUGAUCUUCACGCAUAACGACGAGCAGGAGAAGAUUGCCACUGAGGUGACGGAGAAGGUCGGCAAGGAGUGGUUCAAGCAGCCGGUUUCGACUGUCGUCGUGCCUGCGGGCCAGUGGUGGGAUGCGGAGGAGUAUCAUCAGUUGUAUUUGAAUAAGAACCCGGAGGGGUAUGAGUGUCCGGCUCAUUUUGUGAGGUCGUUUCCUCCGCUUUCUGAGUAG